AACCGGACUUCGUUGGCAGCUACGACAUUGGACAGUACGUACUAUUUUUCUUCCGCGAAACAGCUGUGGAAUACAUCAACUGUGGCAAGAACGUGUACUCGCGCGUGGCCAGGGUUUGCAAAAGGGACACGGGAGAACCGGACUUCGUUGGCAGCUACGACAUUGGACAGUACGUACUAUUUUUCUUCCGCGAAACAGCUGUGGAAUACAUCAACUGCGGCAAGAAUGUGUACUCACGCGUGGCCAGGGUUUGCAAAAGGGACACGGGAGGCAAGAACAUUCUCAGCCAAAACUGGGCCACUUACCUCAAGGCCAGACUCAACUGCUCCAUACCGGGAGAGUUUCCUUUCUACUUCAACGAAAUACAGAGCAUCUACAAAGUGCCCGGUGACGACACGACAUUCUAUGGCGUGUUCACGACUUCAACGACCGGCCUGAUGGGGAGCGCCAUCUGUUCGUUCAGCUUGGAAUCAAUCGAAGCGGCGUUCCGCGGCCGAUUCAAGGAGCAGGCCACUUCUAGCUCGGCCUGGUUGCCCGUGCUGACUAGCCGCGUACCCGAACCACGCCCGGGACAAUGUGUCAACGACACGGAAACACUGCCAGACACUGUUCUGAACUUUAUCCGCUCGCACCCUCUGAUGGACUCGGCUGUGGGGCACAAGGAUGACAAACCAGUCUUCUACAAACGCGAUCUGCUGUUCACCAAAUUGGUGGUCGACAAAUUGCGUUAUGAUGUCUUUGGAGAUGCCCUGGAAUUCACUGUUUACUAUGCUGGUACUAGUGAAGGGAGGUAA